AUGGGCAAUUCACAAAGCUCACCGAAGCUCAAUGAGCCCGCCGUGGAGAAGCUCUUGGUACAACAACUCCAAGCCCUCCGGACUCGGGAUGUCCUGCACCAACACGAAGUCGAACAUGAGUACAUCCAAGUCGAAAGCGAGAAGGGUAUUCCUCGAUCCUUCUCGACCGAUCCAUCGCUCGACAUCAAAACGGCCUCGGAAUGGGAGAAGGAACUCCUCGCCGACCCAAAGAAUCGGCUGGCAUUGAACGCCCUGCUCUCCAAUAACAUCCGCGAUAUCGUCUCGAACAAGGUCUCGACCCUUUCCGACACUCAGACCUUCAAUGUCAAGAUCCCGUUUGAGGGCUCGCCUGUGACCAACCAGCGCAGCUCAGGCAGGUGCUGGCUCUUCGCGACGACAAACGUCCUGCGCGUGCCCAUCAUGAAGAGAUACAACCUCAAGGAAUUCGAGCUGUCCCAGGCGUACUUGUUCUUCUGGGACAAGAUGGAGAAGGCGAACUGGUUUCUCGAGCAAAUGAUCGACACGGCGGGUAAAGACCUGGACGAACGCAUUGUGCAGGAACUGUUAGGCGCACCAGUGAACGAUGGCGGCCAAUGGGACAUGGCGAGCAAUUUGGUGGAGAAGUACGGGCUGGUCCCUCAAAAACUUUACCCGGACAGCUACAACGCCAUGAACUCCUCGGCCAUGGGCAGCAUCAUCACCACCAAACUCCGGGAAGACGGCCUGGCCCUCCGUGCCCUCGUCAACAAUAGUAGCACCGCCAAAAAGUCUUCCUCGAUAGUGUUGGCAAAGGCGAAAAUGAUGCGCGAAAUCCACUGCAUUCUCACCCUCAUGCUCGGUCCACCCCCCAAACCAGACCAGAAGUUCACCUGGGAAUACUACGACAGCAGCGACAAGUACCAUAAAUCAACCCUCACGCCGCUGGAAUUUGCCAAGUCCAUGUCUUCACCAGCUGUCAUCCGAAGCCUCGGAGGCACAGACGUGUCGCAGAUGUUUUCGCUGGUGAAUGAUCCGCGAAACAAGUAUAUGUCCUUGCUUACCGUUUCGCGACUGGGCAACGUCGUCGGUGGACGACCCAUCACGUACGUGAAUGUCGACAUGACGACCAUGAAAAAGGCGGCAAUCAACAUGCUUAGAGCCGGCGUGCCCGUCUUCUUCGGCAGCGACGUGGGGAAAUUCUCAAACUCGCAGUCCGGCAUCAUGGAUCCGGAUCUCUACGAUUACGGCCUUGCAUUCAACAUUUCUCUGAAUUUGUCCAAGUCUCAGCGGCUCCGAGUCCGAGAAAGCGCAAUGACGCACGCGAUGGUCCUGACAGCCGUGCAGGUCGAGAGGGAUGAAAAAACGGGUGAAGACAAGAGCGUCCGGUGGCGUGUUAUGAAUUCUUGGGGCGAGAACGCUGGUGAUAAGGGGUACUUCGUCAUGACGGAUAAGUGGAUGGACGAGUUUGUGUAUCAGGUUGUCGUGGAACCCGGGUUUGUGGGCAAGGAUGUCAAGGAGAUCUUGAAGACCGAGCCGACGGUAUUACCUCUGUGGGAUCCAAUGGGUGCGUUGGCUUGA